UCCACUUCCGCUUGCGGCUGCUCAGUGAAAAAUAUUUGGAAAUGGAAACCUAAAGAUUUUCGUUUUUAAAGCAAAUUUCUUUAAAAUCUGUGCUUAUUGCGAAAAUAUUCAAAAGAAAUGUGCAUACCACAGAUAGACAUUUCAGAUUUAGCAUAACAAAGAAGAACCAUGUCACUGUUCAAAGCUCGAGAUUGGUGGUCCACAACAGUGGGAGAAGAGGAGGAGUUUGAUCUGGGAUGUCUCUGUGUAGCAAAUAUUGACAAUGCCACUGAUGAGCUUGACAAGAUAAUUAUUGGAAGUUAUCAUGGAAUAUUAAGAAUAUUUAACCCCAAACCUACAAAGACAGAUGAUGGUUGGUCUGGCUAUAAACCUGAAGAUGUUUUGCUAGAGGCCUCAUUACCUGAGCCCAUUCUUCAGUUGGAAGCUGGGAAAUUUGUUUCAGGAACAGAAAACUUACAUUUAGCAGUUCUGCAUCCUAGAAAGAUAGCUGUUUACAAAGUUGGAGUCACCUCAGGGGCUGUGGAACAUGGCAGACACUUUCAACUUAAUAUGUCAUUUGAGCAUAAUUUGAAAAGGACAGCGUUCAAUUUCUGUUUUGGUCCAUUUGGGGGUGUUAAAGGGCGGGAUUUCCUUUGUGUGCAGUCCAUGGAUGGUACUGUGAGCAUUUUUGAGCAGGAGAGUUUCUCCUUCUGUCGCUUUUUACCGGGUGCUUUAUUACCAGGUCCAAUAAGAUACAUGCCAAAACAAGACAGCUUUGUGACAGUCUCAUCAACAUGGCAGCUGGAGUGCUACAAAUACCAAGUACUAGCUGUAGCUACUGAUGCCAAAACAAAAGAAGAAUCUCAGAAUAUAAAAUCUGGGAAACGGGUUACGUGGGACUGGUGUUACAAUCUGGGAGAACAAGCCUUAGAUCUGGUUGUUGUAAACUAUGAGAACUGUCCACCGUCCAUCCUAGUCUUAGGGGAAAGAAACAUAUUCUGCUUGACUGAGAUAGGAAAAUUAAGGUGGAUGAAGAAAUUAGAGUAUGAACCUAGUUGCUUUUUGCCAUAUUGUUCAGUUGUAGAAAACACAAUAAAUUGCCUGAUUGGAACUCAUACCACCAAUUCUCUUAUGGUGUAUCAAGACAUCACCUUAAAAUGGGCAGCCAAGCUAGAUUUUACACCAGUCCAAGUGAAACUGGCUACUUUUCAGGACUUAAAAGGUGUUAUAGUGACCUUGUCUGACAAAGGCCGUCUGGAGUGUUCUUACCUGGGAACAGAUCCAGCUUUGUUCAUACCUCCAGUGCCAGAAUCCAGAGAACUCAAUUAUGCUGAUAUGGAUCGGGAAAUGGCACAGCUACAGAAAAGAAUCAAGCAGUCUUCACAUAAAGCUGUUCUGAUGCCGAACCUGAAGAAACAGGAAGAUGAUUUGCAGCUGCUGGCCACUGUUAACACAAACUUUGAUGAUGUUUCUAUGGCCACUGAGGUUGAAUUUGAAGACCCCGACCCUGUGCCGUCCAUUACCGUCCGUGUUCAGGUCAAGGCCAGACUUACAAUAGAGCAUAUCAAUAUGCAUGUCCAUGCCUGCUGGCCACUUAAGUCCAACGUCUCAUCAUUUGAGAUUUCAUCUGUUGAUCCCAGUAAUCCGUCCGAACAGUUUGUGUCAUUUUUCAUUGUUGGGAAGGCUAUGCCUGCUGACAUGACAGUCUCUGUUUCAGCCAACUACAUGAGUGCCUCUGGUGCUCCAAGAGUUGCCACAGCAAGGGUCAAACUUCCUGUAAAACUUGUCAUAAAACCAGUGGCUCCAGUCAAAAAUGCAGAGUUUAAACUAACACUAGACAGUAACAAGCCUCCAGCCAACUUAAAUGAAAUUUUCCCAGAUUUACUUGGGGAGAAUGCUGGAGGUCAGGGUGCUGCUUUAGGAUUUCAGUAUUAUGGAAAUGGUCCCAUUGUGACAGUUCUGGCAUCCAAAACUUCUCAGAGAUACCGGCUGCAGUGUGAUAGGUUUGAAGCCAUGUGGCUGAUGGUGAAGGAGCUGUCAGGAAGACUCAAUAGUCACUUCAACCGGGGGAAAAAUGACAGCUUCGCACUUUAUUUUGCCGGUCAAUUACCACUGCAGGAAUAUUUUGAUUUAAUUGAUGCCCACUUUGAGCAUCGGCUGAAUGCAGACAGAUGUAAAGAAAUGUUGAAUCAGCGAGCCUCACAAUUCCGUGCAAUACAGAGAAGGCUAUUGACAAGGUUCAAAGACAAAACUCCCUCUCCCCUAGCCAACCUAGACACUCUGUUGGAAGGGACAUAUCGACAGAUCUUACAUUUAGCAGACACAAUAGAGGAGAACAACCAGUCGCAGGAAGUGGCGGCUCUCAGUCUGUCCAGUGCUACCUCCCUGUUUAAUUACCUGAUCAAGCUGUGGACCAACAUGUCGGAGGAGGAGUACAAGGUCCUGCAGCAAUGUGUGUCUCCUGUCGUAUCCAGCUCCACAGAGCAGGGUUGGCAAGAGUCAGUUGAUGCUGCAGUGACACACCUGCUGAGAACUACCCUAGCCAAAUCAUCGAAAGACCAGACACUAAACCCCCAACCCCUACACAUACCAGAGGAUACGACCAAGGUGAAGAAACACUUGGCCCUGAUGUGUGAUAAACUGGGCAAGGGGGCCAGGCUGGUGGAGGGGCUGCCUACAAACUCCAUGGUAAAUAUGAAUCCUACCCCAAGAAAGGAGAAGAAAGCCAAGAUUUCUGCAACAAGCAAAACUGUGAUGGAAAAUGGCCAUAUAGACAAUAGUGAUGAUACAGAGACUCUUAUAGGAAGUCAGUUUGGACAGCAUAAGAGUAAACGUAACAAAGAGCAGGAUUACAGAUCAGAUAUCAAUGGAUUAUCAGAUUUAUCAAUGCUAGGAUUACCAGCUGAAAAUGUGGAUGAUGGGAUGACAGAGAAGAGAAAAAAGAAACACAUAGAGGCCAUGGUCCCUGAUUUAGAUGACAUGGAUGAUGAACCAGUAGCACUAGAAAGUUAAAAGAGCAUAGCUUCUUUUGACAUGUUACUGUCAGGAUGUAACAGAGCCAUUAUGAAUCUCCAGUACUGAUCUGAGAGAGAAUUCCGUCCAUUUCCGUGAGGGAAACAGUCAUUUUUUUACCUGUCGGUGUACUUAAACUUUCCAUACCUGUGAUAUCUACACCCCAUGAUGUGUUGUGGAGGAGAUUUCUUUCAGAACCUCACUGAUUUCUUCUGAUGUGACAAUGAAGAAAGAUCCUCACAUCUCCUCAUCAACUCAUCUCAUACAUAAGGUUGUGGUGACUCAGAUUUAUUUAUUUUUUUAUUUUAUGCACCUUAGUACUUACCUGAGACCUACAGGUAUGUGUGCUGUAUGUUACCUGUUAAACAAUGUGGCUAGUAAGACGGUAAUAGUUCACACUCUUCACACUUCUUGUAUUGUUUAUCUGUGAUGUUUGAAUAUUUUCAUGAAAUGUAUUUACUGAGUGUUUUUGUUCUACUAUUUAGUCAUUGAAGUAUAGGAAGUGCUUGUAUUAAAUAGCUACCUUUUGAUCUGUAUUUAACUUACUAAAUGGAGGGCUCAGGUGAGAGCUUUUCUGAUCAAAAUUUGUCUAGCAUCAGUUCUACUAUCCCCAUUGUUGUUCAGUUUUCACAUUUUCCGUUUUUUCUUUUAAAGCACCCUGUAUUUUAACUAAAUUUGGCCUGUACUAUUGUUUUCAAGUUUGCUCAAAUAAUGGUCAGUGCCACCCUAACUUAAUUACAAUGGAUGUCAGGUAAACAGGAUACUGUUGGGCUGAUUUUCUUAACCCAUGAUUCCACUGGCAAGCAAUAUAUAAGAUGCCACUGCACAUGUAUUGGGGACCUACAUAUUUACAUUUUUCAUUAAGAAUAAAAUAGGUUGUAAAGUGAGAUUAACAUUGUUAAAGUGCAUCCAUUUUUUUCCUAUUUGCAUCCACAUUUUUAAUAAUAGAAAAAAAAAUUUGCUUGUGAUAAAUAAUGUUAAUAUUUGUUUAAAAAUGAUUUGAAUUUAAAUGUUUUUUUAUUGAAGGGAUAUACAUGUAUUGUUGGUAAUUAUAGAUUGUAGCAAAGACAAGUCAAUUGGUCCAAUGGCCUCUUGCGGUUUUUUUUA